AUGUUGGUUCGCACCUCCUGGAUUUUUUUGAAUGUCGCCUUCAUUCUUUUGGGCGUCAUUGAUGCCAGCUUUUUACCUCAGAAGCUCAACAGUUGGUUUUGGCAGUCCUCUGUGGUGGCAAAGGGAUGGUUAUUCAUAGAUGGUGGGGAGAUAGUUGCACAGUUUAGUGGGAACUCUUCUGGUAGCAGCUCAGUGUGGAACCAGCAGACAAUUGCCAUUGACUUAUCCAAGUCAUGGAAGACAACGGAUUUGUCCCCUGUUCUCACCAACAAAUCGUCUUCAGUUCCAAUCGCCCGGCGCCCUGACAUGUGGUAUGAUGAAGCCGCCGAUCUUGUCUAUUCGAUGGGCGGGUGGCAAUACAACUUCAGUGGGCCUUUCUAUCUUGAUAACCCUCCUGUAGACCUUUGGGGAUUCAAACCAUCUUCUGAUGGCUCGGUUACUUGGCAACGUCAACCGUGGAGUUCGGACCCUUCAUCCAAUAGGCUAGCAGUGAACGUCUUCGGAAGCUUGAACGCGAAUUCUCCUAAAGCUCACUAUUCUCUCGGUGGUAGCACCAUAACCAAUCCUCACGUUGCAUUUACUGGAGAAGAGCCGGUUCGCGAAUUAGUCACGUACGACUCCCAAAAUAAAACGUGGUCAUCAACAAUAAUGCCUGACAACACGUUUCAAUAUGGCGAAGGUCAGUAUAUUGAUACAUAUGGAGAAGAAGGCGUGAUCAUCUACUUCGGUGGCCUCGGAAAUACGAUAAAAGACCUGACAACCAUCCUCAUCUACGACAUUCACACACGAGUCUUCUAUCGCCAAAAUACUACGAACGCUCCAAUAAACCGCAUUUUCUUCUGUUCUGUCGGAGCUAAGGCUGCUGGCAACGAUUCGUACGAGAUUUUUAUCACGGGCGGCUCUGUGAAAAACAGCAGCGGUGUUCCUAAAAAUAAUCUUCUUCCUGAGGAGCGCGAAAGUCUACGUUCAAUAUACAUCCUUACCAUCCCUGCAUUCACAUGGGUGAAGGCACCAAACCCAGAUCCUACCUGGCGCUCGAGUCAUUCCUGUAAGAAUCUCAACGAGCGUCAAAUGAUCGUAAUCGGCGGCACUCAAGAAGAUGCCCCACUGGCAAUGGAACCUAGGCCAAAUGCUAUAGGUAUUUACGACUUGGUAAAUCUAAAUUGGACAGACACGUAUAAUCCCGACGCCAAACCUUAUACUCGAGCAUCUGUUGUACAGGAUGUUUACACCAACACCUCGGGUCAACCAAGUAUUUGGGGAGAUGCGGCACUACCUGGUAUCUUCAAGGUCAGGGCAAUUCAACCAACACCUACCACUUCCACUAUUCCAGUAGCGACUGGCUCACCGACAUUAUUGAGCACAUCAACAGCAAUUCCUCCGCCAACAAAACCUCAAACCAAUCUCAUGACCAUAAUUCUAGCCUCCACCCUCAGCGCCACCUUCACCAUCGCUCUAAUCCUCAUCCUAACAAUCUACCUCUGCAAACGCUCCAUCGCCCUUCGCAGAGCCGAGAACGCAAUUGCAGCACUCGCAAACUCAUCCAAAGUUCCAAGCUCAACAAACUUUUACGCCUCAGAAAAUGGAAGUCUUCCGGCCGAGGUCCACGCAGAUCGGAUUUGGACGGAAAUGCUGACGACAGCGAAUUAUCACGAGGUGGAGGAUAACCGUGUGGUUCCUAUCUGGGAGAUCGAUGGGCAGGAGAGAAGUUGGAAUGGCAAAGAAUGGAUUAGGAGAGGGAGCAGGGCUGAUAGUGCGAGUGUUUAUAGUGUGGAGAGUAGGCAGACUGCUGGUGUGUUUGAUUUCGCACAUGCCAGUUCUAUCCACGAUAGUCCGACGCUGAGGAGUCCUGUUAUUCCGUUACCUAGUCCGGUUAUUCCGAGUCCGGUACAUGGGAGCCCAAGCAUGAAGAGUAUGAAGAGCAUGAGAGCUCCAAGUGUUAGGAGUAAUGUCGAGGAUAGUCUUGAGUGGAGGAGAGAAAACUAUAGUGAACGGCCGCAAAUGAGGAUGCCGAUUCCGGUAUCUAUGCCGCAGAGGCCGGUGUUGAAUGUCGUUACGAAUGGAGAUUGGAUAUGA